AUAUUCAUGUCUUUUCAUCGCGCCUUUAUGAUCAAACCUAUAUACUUGCGGCCUAAAACAUGAUGUAUCAGGCUUAGGCUACAGGUGGACCGAGCAUUCUUUAUGAAUGCAUCAUGGUUAGAUUCAUGUAAAUUGAAUAUGUUUGUAGCAAAGAACAAAAGAAACUCUUUGUUUGUAUGCGCUUUGUUCUCAAUUCAGAUGUUUUUGUUUUGAUGUCCUUUUGUUCAGAUCAAUUUAUUAUGAGCCUGUGCUGAAAUUGAGUUAAGAUAUUGUGAAGAGUUUUCAGGGAGUUCGUAAGCUUUCAGCACACUUACUAUGACUGUGCUGUUUUCUGUCUAGUAUAUUCUGUGUUUCAAGAGAUUCGGUGAAAUAUAUAGCGAAAACAAUAUGGAAAUGACAACGGAUUCUAGCAAUUUCACCACUGUAGAGACGGCGACGCUCUACCACAAUGUGGCAACAGACGAACUAUCGCAAAUGAUGAUGUUUUUCGCCAUAGCCAUUGUUGCGGGAGGAUUUUCCUGGCUCGUUUCAAAAUGCGUUACAGUUUUACAUAAACGCCAUUUACGUAAACUAGAAGAAGAACAAGAAGCGUCGAUGAAAUACAAAAAUCAGGAAACAUUUGUCAUUGGAAACAACGAAGCCGCGGUCUUUGUUAACGGUACUGAAGUGAAAGAAGAGGAAAAAUCUGAAGCGAGCCUUUAUACUCGCGGCUUUGGAAUCACGUCAAUGGGAAUGUUCGACGUGGCGGUGGAUGCCAUAGUACGAGCAGGAGAGAGAAGAAAAAGCAAAGAAACUGACACUACUUCUCGAAAUGGUGACAUUUUCCAAACACCAGUAGAACUAUUGAGUCCAAAUGACACCCCAACGGAGGACCCUACAGAAACAACGCCCGUAAUCAAUCCCCUUGAUAAUGCUAAUAUUAAUAAGUCAAACACAGUGACAUAAAAUCGAUGAUUUCCUGAUUAUUAUUUAUCAAAACCAGAAGGUUGAUAUACCGUCACGUAAAACAUAAGCGAUAUUCAUGAGCGCCAAUCUGCCUUAGUUAGACCUCAUGUACAAAUCAAACUAACGAGAUCGUUGUGGUUUCAGCCUCAUAUCAUCAGUAAGGGUAGCAAUAGUGGUUCUGGCACGGCUCCAAAUCGUUCAAUUAUUCGUCCAAAGACAGUAACACCAAGAGUUGAACACUAAUUAGAGCCUUAGAGGCUAUUUACUUUCACGCCUUAUUAAUUUACAUUAUUUUAUUAUUGUUCUUUUUUUUUUAUCUUCCAUUUGCCAAACUCCAAAUUGCCUUUGAUUAUAAAUGAUUCAACACUCGGGCAAUGGGUAUUUUCAAAUGUUCUAAAGGUUGGAAGGUUUCCAAAAGAGAUUAGACUUCAAGAUAGGUGACACGCUUUGUUCUUUUAAAGGUGAGUCACACGAUUAUUUUUCUGGUAUUCAAUAUCUUUUUGAUAUCAUUCUGCUUCCCAUUAGUCUUCAUAGUAAGUAGUUUUAUAUAAAUCUAAAGACGAAAAAAGGGCUGAAUUCUCACAACUCGGGCCAAUUUUUCGCAAUAGAGUCCACCCCAGUAAACAAAGCGACAAUCUCUUCAUUUCUUCGCAAUGUUUUUAUUUAAAAAUCUCCUUUGGGUCUAAUAGUUAUACAAAUAUGUAAAAAGUUGAUUUGCGCAAGUAGUUGUAUGUUUAUAGUCUGAUUUGCAGAGCACUUGCUAAUAUGCAGAUCAACUGAGUAGCAUCAUUCAAGUUGUAUUUCAUCUAUGGCAUAUGCUUGACUGUUGUAAGUUAUACCGCUGAUAUGGCGAUGUUAUAUGCGAAAAGCGUAUUGAGAAUAGAGAUGCAAGUUUCA